CACUUUCUGCAAGUUUUUUUUUAUCUUUCGGCUGCAGCCUCACUCGGCCAGAUGCAAGCAGUGAUAUGACAUCUUCAGAGGGAGGAGAAAUGAAAGAGAGCAUGUAGGAGUGAGAGAGGAAGAGAAAUUAACAGGAUAUAGGUGUGCUCUACAUGUGUGACUGUGUAGAUUUUCACAUGUGCAGUUUGGUCUUGGUGGUCGGAGCUUGUUGUGACUUUUCUCAGAGGCAUGAAGAUUAUUUCAAAGCUGAAAUUGCCCAUGCUACACUGAGAAAGAUAGAGAAGGCGAAAGAGGAAGGAACAGGCCUGUGUAAAACUUUCCGGCCCAGAUUCAUGCAAGAUAACCUCUGUAGAACACAACCACACAAAGAACAAGUCAAAAAGAUGAAUUUCUUCUGCCAGCUGCUCACAGUUUAAAGGUUUCCUUAAUUUUUGAUCACGUUCUCGAGGAACAAAAGUGGAUCUCCAAAGACAAUAUCAGCUCACCUAAGUAAUUUUGUUGCACAAACACUGAAACUUCUAGAUUGAGUGACUUUUUCAGCCAGUAUUCUCACCAUGAGGCUUAUUUUUAGCAAUUUGCUUCUGUUUCUUGCUCUGGGACCCUGUUUCAAGUCCACUGAUGCACAAGAGACAACAACAGAGACAGAUGCAAACCUCAGCACCACAUUACUGGACAGUGACACUGUGGAGACAAUGUUAAGUGAUGAAAUCACCAGCACCACACCUGAAAAUACAAAUACUCUACUACCAACAGAAACGGAUACGCAUAAUCCAGAAACCACACUUGUUUAUCAAGUAAGCACCAUGCUUGAGAAACCAACAGUUGAGAGUACUCCAGCACUCAGCACUGAGAUCGAGCAAACGUCAACAAAAUCUGUUUCUGAAACAACAACUGUACAAACAGAACAGACCACAGUGACCACCCCUGCUGUGCCUGUUAAUGUGGAAACAACAGUGACUAACCAAAUAACUUCAGACACCCCAAGCCCAAGUCAAUAUGAAUCAACUGUUGGCUUCAUUGAGUUAACAGAACGUCCUACAGAUGAAAUCACCACAGCAGCUGUGACCAUGACCACUGAUUCAGCAGAAGCCCUCAAUCCCACAUCCAUCCUGACCACACCACCUGCAGACAGGUCUCCGUCCAUCAUCUCCGACCUUGUGGACACCAGGACUGAAACCUCCACUACAAGUCUAACAUCAACCUCUCAGCUCCCUCUUAUAUAUACUGCUGCACCCGUGCACCCGUACUCGACGUCUGAUGAAGAAUCAGUCUCCACCCAUUUCACCACCAUCAUCGCUGGCAUAGUUAGCAAGGAAAGCAGUUCGCCUAUACAAACCAGCUGGAUAUUAAUACUGAUAGUGUGUGUGGCCUUUAUUUCUGUGCUAUGUGUGGGCAUGAUUCUGUAUGUCCAGUGGAGAAAGAAAAACGCCUCAAGGAAUUUCGGCCCUAUGUCCAAGUCCAAGAAGAAAAAAGGGGGGGAGGGUGACGCAUGGGCGGGGCCUGUCAAUCUGGAGGCCGGAGCUGAAUGUGAUGCUGAGGUACAGGAUGGUCUUCUGCCUAAUAAUGGGAAACCAGAUGGAGAUGAUAUGGUGCUCAGCACAUUCGCCGCACUGGAUGCAGGAGACACGUCUAACGGUGGAGUGGGUGGAGACGGUACCAAGGAGGCUAAGAAAUGGGAGGAGCAGGAGCCUUUGUUUUUCAUAGAUGAGGAUGUGAAUGAAGACAAGACAGGAAAAACACUGGCAGAGAAUGAGAAACAGAAAGGAGAUGAAAAAAGUGAAGAGAAGGGGAUGAAUGGAGGAGAAACGUUCUGUCUCACCACAGCUGUUUAAAAGUCUUCUGUUGACUAAAUGAACAUUAAGGGAUUAAUAGGAAUGACUUCUUGAUUACGUAAUCUUGUAUUACGUAAUGUGUGUUAUAAACAAGGACUGAGUAAUAUAGUUUUUAUAUAUUAUCUGAUGAUCGCAAUUCAUUUUCAGCAAUGGUGCAACAUAUAAUGAUGAUCUACAAUUCCUACUCAUUUUUCUCAGUUGUUUUAUACUUAUAUUAGCCAAAAUUCAGCAAAAUUUUUCCAGCAAAAAAUCUGUUGUCUAGUGUUGAUAGUGUAUAGUUGUGUGAAGCACAGGUCAUACAAUUUAACCUUCAAACCAAGGAGUGCUCUGUAAACAGCAAAAUCACAUGACCAACCAGUGGUGGACAAAGAACUUGAAAGCCACACUUAAGUAAAAGUACAGAUAUCUUACCAGAAAAUGACUUUGGUAGAAGUCAAAGUCACCGUUUAUAAUAUUACUUGAGUAAAAUUUUUAAAGUAUGUGAUAUUUAUUGUAGCCUACUUAAGUAUGAAAAGUAUUUCUUUAAUAUUAAGCUUAUUGUUAGUAAAAGUACAAGUAAAUUCAAAAUAGAAAAGGAUCAAAUAAAUAUUAAAAAGUUUGAGCAGUAUUCAUUUUGUAUCUUUGGGUUACAAGAGCCACUUCAUCCGGUACUUUGUCUUUCAUUCCAACGUUAGAAAACAUUUAUUGCAAAAAAUGGAAUCUGGAUUUGAAAUGGCAUUUAGAUUCAUUUACGCAGACAUUUAAAAGCAGUUACAAAUGCAUAAAUAAUGUUUUGUUUUAAACAUAAAAUUUUGAAUAUUGCUAUUUGAAAAGAUUUAUAAUAUGAAAAUAUAGCCUACUUGAAAUGUGAAAUUAAAGUCAGCAAGUCACUGUUAAUGAGCGAGUCAUAGAGAUUAGCUCGAUUCAUUUAAAAGGUUGAUUCUUUCAAUAAGCCUAUACAUUUUAAUUAGUGGAGCAAAAAUGAAAGUUGACACAAAUAUUAAAACUCAAGUAAAGUACAGAUUCUCCUAAAAAAAUACUUAAGUACUCCAACGAAGUAAUAUUACUUCAUUACAUUACACCACUGUGACUAAUUGAACCCAUUGCAAAAUAUUUGUGGGUAACACUUUCACCCAUGCAAAUUUGCAGAUUGCAUGGAAUGCUUUUGAAAUUGCUGGAUUUCAUCAGCAAAAAAUUGUAAAACAAUGUGACCAUACUUUAAGUAAUGGCUGAAUUAAUUAAACUUCCAUUUCAAAUGUUUGCUAGUUAUAUGGAUAAAAAAAAAAAAAAAGUCUGUAUCUUUAGAUAUAUGUGUUUUUGUUUGUAUGUUUGUUUUUUGAGGUUAGAGAGUGCACUAAAAUUCACUGAUUAUGGCAUACAAUGUUGAUGUUUAAGAUGUUUAAUAUACCUUUAAGAUUUUAAGACUUACAUUCUGAGAAUGAAGCCUUUUUCCCCUGUAAGUAUGGAAUAGCAUGUUAAUGCAUGAUGGCAAAAUAUGCAAUAAAAUGUUUAUAUUUUUAAAUACAAA